CCGCCCCCGGCCUGCGUUUGCGCCGGGCGAUGCGGACCGCGCUCCGAGCGCUCCACGCUGCGCCGCGCGGAGCAAUGAUUAACCGGGCCCGGCUGGCGGCGCGCGGCCCGGGGCCGAGGAGCAGGGUCCGGGCGGGACCCCGUGGGGAGGCCGGGCUUCCCGCUCGCGGCCCGGUCUCCUCGUAGAGGGCGCGGCCCAGCGUGGGCCCGCGGCGUGGCGUGGCGCAGGGCGCGCGUGGGCCGGGGUGAGCAUGAGGACUCUCCGCAGGUUGAAGUUCAUGAGUUCGCCCAGCCUCAGCGACCUGGGCAAGAGAGAGGCGGCGGGUGUGGACGAGCGCGGUACGCAGCAGCGCAGGGCCUGCGCCAACGCCACCUGGAACAGCAUCCAGAACGGGGUGAUUGCUGUCUUCCAGCGCAAGGGACUGCCUGACCAGGAGCUCUUCACCCUCAAUGAGGGUGUCAGGCAGCUGCUGAAGACAGAGCUGGGGUCCUUCUUCACUGAGUACCUGCAGGCUAGUGAUGGCACUUCCAUCGACUUUCAGAACCAGCUGCUGACGAAGGGCAUGGUGAUCCUGCGUGACAAGAUCCGCUUCUACGAGGGACAGAAGCUGCUGGACUCGCUGGCAGAAACCUGGGAUUUCUUCUUCUCCGAUGUGCUGCCCACACUGCAGGCCAUCUUCUACCCUGUGCAGGGCAAGGAGCCAUCAGUGCGCCAGCUAGCCCUGCUGCACUUCCGGAACACCAUCACCCUCAGCGUGAAGCUGGAGGAUGCACUGGCCCGUGCCCACGCCCGAGUACCCCCCGCCAUUGCACAGAUGCUGCUGGUGCUGCAGGGAGUACAUGAAUCCAGGGGCGUGACCGAGGACUACCUGCGCCUAGAGACUCUGAUCCAAAAGGUGGUAUCGCCAUACCUGGGCACCUAUGGCCUCUACUCUAAUGAAGGGCCCUUCACCCACUCCUGCAUCCUCGAGAAACGCCUUCUACGACGCUCCCGCUCUGGGGACAUCCUGGCCAAGAACCCGGUGGUACGCUCCAAAAGCUACAAUACACCACUGCUCAACCCCGUGGCCGAGCACGAGGCAGAGGGUGCAGUGGCCGGCAGCACCAGCAUCCGCAGGCACUCUGUCUCUGAGAUGACGUCCUGCCCUGAACCCCAGGACUUCGUGGACACACCUGGCCAGGGCCCUUCAGGGGACUUCAGGCCGUCUCCAACACCUCACUUGGGGCCCUGCCCCAGCAGACUGUACCCCCCUGUCCACUCCCCAGAGCAGGACCCAGCCCAUGGCUCUCCACUUACCUCGAGCCCAGAGACACUAGUGGACCAGAUCCUGGAGUCUGCAGACUCAGACUCCGAAGGGAUUUUCAUUGACUUUGGGCAGGGAAGUCAUUCCAGUGUGUCUGACUUUGAGGCGACUGGGGGCCGGCAGAGUGUGGUGUGAGGACAGAGGUCAGCCUCAUGUUUUUACCGAUCUGUAUGUUUGCGUGUCUGUGUGGUAUGUGAGUGUGAGACUUUUUUACACUGUCCUGACCCUGCCAGCCCCCUUGUCAUAGCCUUGGUCACUUUAUAUAACCCCGGUGCAUUGGAAGUCCACUUCCCCUGCCUGCCUGGGGCCUGAUUGAGGGGUCCAGCUGGCGCCACCCGAGUGCACACUCGGUCACCUCAUAUGGGGUACACAAGGUGUCCUGCCUGCCCCAGCCUUCAGCGUCCACACCCACCCAGGAAAAUGUGAAAAUGGUGGAUUCUGCCUACGCUGGCCCAACUUGGCCCCCACAGUGACUGGAUUCAAGCCGCAGCCAGACCUGGCAGCCUGCCCUUCCUCAGUCUGGGGUGUCCAGGGGACAGGAAAGCAUGGAAUAAAACUACAGCUCCUGUC